GAAUAUUGGUUCGUUCUUCUCACCGGAGAUUUCAUUGAGGCCGAAAAAGCAGGCAAAGAGCUUCGCUACCCCGUGCUUCCCAUACCAUUUCCCCCCACUGUUCUCGGAGGGUUUUAGCCCUCUACAGAGGGCGGAGGAAGUAUCCAAUGGCAAACUCCUUCGCCGAGCCGGCGAGAUGGAGGGAUCUUGACAAACUCCUUGCCCGCCCUGGCAACAUCGUUGGUCCCGGCUUCGAGCCGAGUCCUCAGCUUCGACAGGAGAUUGGGGAAUUUGUAAGAAUUUUGGUGGUGGGAGCCGGUGGGCUCGGCUGCGAACUCCUAAAGGACCUCGCUCUUGCUGGAUUUCCUAAAAUCGACGUCAUCGAUAUGGAUACUAUAGAGGUCUCCAACCUCAACCGCCAGUUUCUCUUCAGGCUUCAGGAUGUUGGCAAGUCGAAGGCUGAGGUUGCUGCUAAGCGGGUGAUGGAGAGAGUUUCUGGUGUGAAUAUCACACCUCAUUUCUGUAGAAUCGAGGACAAGGAGAUAGAUUUUUAUAGUGAUUUCAACAUUAUCGUUCUUGGCCUUGAUUCUAUUGAGGCUAGAAGCUACAUUAAUUCUGUGGCUUGUAGUUUCCUAGAAUAUGAUGCUGAGGAUAACCCAAUACCUGAAACUCUCAAGCCCAUGGUAGAUGGUGGAACUGAAGGUUUUAAAGGCCAUGCUAGAGUAAUUUUGCCAGGGAUGACGCCUUGUUUUGAGUGCAACAUUUGGCUUUUUCCUCCACAAGUCAAGUUUCCGUUAUGCACUCUUGCAGAAACCCCAAGGACUCCUGCACAUUGUAUUGAAUAUGCUCAUUUGAUCAAAUGGGAUGAGGUACAUAGUGGAAAAACAUUUGACCCCGAUGAUCCAGAACAUAUGCAAUGGGUUUACAAAGAAGCUGUCAAGAGAGCUGAGCUUUUUGGCAUUGCUGGUGUCACCUAUUCCUUAACCCAGGGCGUAGUGAAGAAUAUUAUUCCAGCUAUUGCUUCUACAAAUGCAAUCAUUUCUGCUAGCUGUGCUCUGGAGGCCUUAAAGAUUGUAUCUGGGUGUAGUAAAACAUUAUCCAAUUACAUGACGUAUAACGGUGUUGAAGGAACACAUAUUAAAGUGACUGAUUUUGUCAGGGAAAAGGACUGCCUUGUGUGUGGUCCUGGCACCCCCAUUGAAUUAAACACUUCAGCCACUGUUUCGCAGUUCAUCAAAAUUGUGGGAGAACAUCCUAAACUUCUUCUGUCGAAACCAAGCAUCACACAUCGUGGAAAUAAUAUCUACAUGCAGUCCCCUCCAGUUCUGGAAGAAAUGACGAGAUCAAAUCUUCAACUUCCCCUCUAUGAUCUUAUGGGUAAAGUUCCAAAGGAUACUGUUCAUGUAAGCGGCAUGGCUGACAACAAUGGCAAGAAGACAUCUUCCCUAAGGAAACUCUGCGUUCUUUUUAAAGGGAUCGCAGCCGAUGGAGCUACGGAGAUGGAUACAGGAGGUAAUGUCUGAGUGUUAUUUUAUGCACAACCUAUAUAGAUUCAACGGCAAGCUUUGAGUGAUGUGCAAUUGUUGUUUUAGGCCCUAUAGGUUCUCUUCAAUUUUUCAUUGAGAUGACAUUUUUGAACAUGUUAGUUCUUGGAAUGUUUGCCAAGUUUUAAGUUCACCGCAUUAAGAAGCCUCCAUGUAAUCGAGUGUUUCAUGUUAUAGAGUGGGCUAUUGGUGCAUGAUGCUUGAUAUUAAAAUGUUUUGGUUUAGGGGAAGUGAUAAUUGAUAUGCAUGACUUUGAAUCAUAGUCUCACAUCAAAUAGUUGAUAAUAUAUUGUUGUAGAAGUAUUGAGUG